CGACGUGCACGACGUGCCAGUGUCGUCUUGAAUUAUACAUCAUACUGUUGUCAGUCGGACAAACCUCACCCGGCUAUGUGAUAGGCCGAAUAUAAGUAUUCCACGGUUCAAUUAGAGGUUCAGCAGCACACAAAUAUCGCAUUGAUUAUAUUGUUGACAAUGCUAAACCGCAGCGUGUCGCGCGUCGAGGGAUUACUUCGCCGUUCCUCUUGACAUUUCCACGUUGAACGGCCGUGCCAACAUCUCCAUCGUCAUGAUAUGCGGGAGGCGAAAAUUCAGCUUUAACAAGUUCGUGAAACUACCGAAAAAGCGCGAUGUCUACGAGAGUUUCAUGCUUAAAGGGAUCGUGCCGGAGAUGUCAUACUUCACCGCCAUUGCACUGGUGUACAGUGCUGCCAAGAUGGCGUUAGGUGCAGUUUACUACAAUGACUGCUCCCUUGAGCCCCGCCUUUUCGUGUAUCUAUUGGUCAGUUCAUCUCUCUUACUGCUGUAUCUACCAAUCAUCGCUAACCUGGGACAGAAGGUCCUCGGUUUGAAAGUGUACGUCCGCCUCAUCACGUUCCUACAGCUGGUGGGACUUUGUUUCGGUAGUUAUCUCCUCUAUAACGUCCAUGUUGGUCGCCAGGGCAACCUGCAGCAGGACGCAGCGCCCAAGGUCACGCCCAAGGUCACGUGCAAUGACGUCAUAUUCAAGUUCACAGCAGCAACAAUAGGCGUGGAGUGGACAUAUAUUUUCGUUUCAUUUUUAGCUCGUGGAUUUGUGACAGUGUUAUUUCAUCUAGUUGUUGUUUUACUGAAAAAUGUUUUCAAAAUGUUGUUCUCAAUGGUGAGCCACGAUAAAAAGGAGAAAAAAUCAUGAUCGCAAUAACGUAACACAUUUUCUAUUUUAUUCAACAUUUUUACCAAACAAUUUAUUUUUACGUUUAUUUAGGAACACCAUUUUAAACAGUUUGUCACAAUGACUUUCCGAAAUGCAUAAUUUUGUUGUUGUGACUGACCAUUUAAUGGUGCUAGGCUUUCCAGUGGAAUAAAAGCGUAUUUGCUGUUU